AUGGACGCGAGAGAGCAGCCUCCUGCGUCGAAUGCGCUGGCGCAUUUGACCAAGGUUCCGAUAGCUCAGCUUUCCCCGGACCUCGACAACGUAGCCGAAAAAUCCUUUCUUGCGAAUGUGGCACUCGUGUGGCCGUACUCGUCUUCGGCCAAAUCUCUCAGCCUUCUGUUGGUGGAGCCGGAUGUCCUCCUUCGGCGUGCCCUAGGACAAAUCAAGGUCACAUUUCGUGGACGCGUGGCGGAAAGAGUCGCAGAAUCGCAUGUCGGAAUUGGUGAGACCAUUGGUCUAGCUUUGAAAGACUGCAAUUUCGUCAGCAAUGCAGACUCUCAGCAAACCCCGGGAAGAUGUAUCGCGUGGGACGCACACUUCGCAAAUGGCGUGACUCUGGAGAUCUACCGAUCUUCUCAAGAUCCGUUGACGAUAUCAGUUGAGCCACAACUGGCAGCGCCGCAGACCGAACUCGCAUUGCCCACAACUCCCAGUGGGAAAUCGACCAACUCCGAACGUGAUCUCACCUCUAGUACAGGUUUAUGGGGCUCACCGGUAUUCUUGAAGCCCACUCGAACAUCGCUCGAAGGAACAAUUCGUUCCGCCUUCGACCCUUUCGCGGAAGAAGAUGGUUUUGUGCCAGGCAAAGGAAGAAAAAGACCGAGAUACAGCUUACAAAGGGAAGACUGGCGAGUUCUCACUGAACCGGAAAGCUCGCAGGAGGAAGACGUUCCUGUGGACUGGCUGCAGGUCUUGGAUCAAGAUAUAGAGCACGAGCUCGACGAGGCGCAUACGCCGAGCGAACCCUCAGACGAUCUAAUGAGCGAUCCCGACGAAAUUCCAGAGCAAAUAGACACUGCACCACAGGAACCUUCUCCGAUAUUUGUGAAACCUUCUCUUGAGUUGACUGGAAGUAUCAUCGAAAGACGCGCUGGCGAGUCAAAUAAUCUUUCGUCUCAUGAACAAGUUGAUGUUCGUGGAACGUCUUUCCAACUCCCGACUGAUACACCCCAAAUUCGACCCAUUCCUUCUCCCGGGCUUCCGAUUCCUUCCCCGAUUGUCUCUAGCAAUGCUACCUCAUCUGAUUAUUUUCCGCCAUGGAACGCAUCCACCCAAGUCCAAGAGACUCAAUCCGUUCCUAUGGAAAUAGAGACUAUAGCAACCCUCCCAGAGCCAUCCAUUGAGACUCGCGAAACUAAAGCGAUUUCUCCCCCUAAAACAGAAAUGAUGAAGGUACCUGAGCCGUUCAUUGAACCCGCCCAAGAAGAACAUAUCCUCGAUUCCGGUUUCCAGGUCCAUGGUGAUACAGAACCAUCCUCCAGUCCAGCAGAUGCACCACUAAACCAGGAGAUUGAUUUGGUCGACUCUUUUGGACCGAUUGAUGCAUUGGGUGUUUCUCAAGCCAACAUUAUUACUCAUGUUAUCGGCGAAGAAGCUCAAAUUUCAAACGAAAUACAGCAAGAUAUCCCCGAUGACGGUGAUCUAUCUGGUGCCCCUUCUGAAUCAUCUUCAGGUUCGGAAGAUGAAUCGGAUGACUCCUCUGAAAUCAUGGAUGAAUCGGCAGAUCGUCAAAUUGACGAUGACGCCGAAAAUAUCAGUAACGAAGCUCAAACCUCAGACGAAGCAGAACUGGGAUACAUUGUUGAUGAUGAACCUACAUCCCGUGAAUCUUCGGUACCACCCCCACGCUCGGAGGGCGAAUCCAUUGAACCCCCCGGAGUGAUUGAUGCAGUCGAUACGGCACAAACUGACGUCGGCAUCCAAAUUGCUGGUGAAACUACGGGAUCUCCCAGCGAUGUAAAUGGACUUGAUGACGAAGAAAUUUUUGAUCCAACGCUUCAAUCGCUCGAUCGUUCCCAUCCAAUCGAUGCCUUUGACCAGGAUGCGAUAGACGCUCUCGAAAUGAUGAGAGCUACACGGGAGGAAGAAUUUGAAGACAACCGAAUCAAGAGGGACGAAGUCCGCAUGGAAGCUGAUAUCGAUCAUCCAUCCAAGCAAAAUGACAGUGAAGAAGAGGACGAAAGGCUCGAAGAUCACGCAGUUUAUGAUGGAGAAUCCGUUCAAAGUUACAACUCGCAAUAUGACUCUGAUGAGGAGGAAAUCCAUUAUCCUCCCUCGGAGACAGGGCUGAACCAAGAUGACUUCGACAUCGAAGAUGACAGUGACGAAGAGUUCGAACGCGACAGGGACUUGCCUUCCCGAGUUGGAGAUCCCGAGAUAAUUGUACUCGACAGUGAUACGGACGAUGAGCCUACCUCUGAUCAUCCGACAGCCCCUGCUUCGGAUUCUUCGUCUGAUGAAGAUAGCUCAGCCCACUCCGAAUCCGCAUAUGCAGGCGCCCCUCCCGCCAUGGUCGACUUUGAGAUGGGUGAACAGGAAUGCCCAGAGUCUCGGUAUGCCGAUGUUGAGCCAAGCUAUCAUAGAGCUGUGGAGGAAGAGUCCGAAUUCGAUGAGCGUGAUGAGUAUGAAGAACACGAAGAAAGUGACGAGCGCGAAUCCAACCAUGAAGAUGAUCGAGUUCACGAGAGCGACAUGACAGACGAACCAGCACGAGACUUCCAUAAAAACGGACUUCCGUCUGAAAUGGCACUACUCGACCCUGAGCAGCAGGAUUACGAUGAAGAGAUGGAAGAUGCAGUGGCCAUGGAGGAAGUUGAAAACCUAGAGUCGCAUCCUACCAUUCAAAUUGACUCAGACGCAGAUGUGCCAGCGGAUCAAGAUCCUGGCGAGGAGCAACCAGGCAAUAUUGAUCCAAGUUUGUUUGAUAUGGCUGGUUCACAACUUGCAGAGCAAUCCGAGAAAACCGAAGAUCCUGACAGGCAAGAAGGACUGUCUGAGUCAGAAAACGCCAACGUCCACAUUCAUGGUGACGGACAAUUUGAGUGCCCGAUUCUUUCAUCCGCUAUCCAUGAUGGUACAGAAUUACUUUCAAGUCAUGAACCGGGACCUGAACCCACAAUCGAAGGACCUGAAGGACCUGAGCCCCUUGGCGAUCUAGGCCUAUCAACCGUCAUGCCUCAAUUUGAGCGACAACUCCCGACUCCGGACCCCACCCAGGAAACCAUAUUCACCCGUGAAACGCAUCAUGAUUAUGAAUCUGCAAUCUCAUCGCUCGAAGAAAAUGAAGAUGCCACUGGUAUGGUGCAGCCUGUUGGCUCUCCUGGAUGCGAACAAGACGAUACGAUCGCGGGCGAGUUCCUUGAAAACACCCAAGAGAACCACGAUCACGAAGUAGCCGAUGCCACAGCUACUCCGGAACUUGCUCAGCUCACAAGGCUUCACUCCACGCCUCAACGUAGCUGUUCGGUGGAGGUUUUGAUCAGCACUGAAUCUCCCAAGCCACCGACAGUACUCAUUACAAAACCCACAGUCCCCGAUCGUAGCGCCUCCGGAUUACGGAGCAAGCUUUCUUAUUUCGCCCCACUUUCUACCCUGUUUGAUCAUUACAAUGCUUUGGUUGAUACCAUUUCCAUCGUGCACGAGGCUUCACCGAUAACUCGUGCCAAAACGGGAUCGAAAGACUGGUUUGUGACCAUCGACCUCACCGAUCCCUCCAUGGCCGGCACGACUGUCCGUGCUCAGAUUUUCCGUCGUUACAAGUCCUCCAUGCCGUCACUGGCUGAAGGCACCGCCAUAUUGUUACGAGACUUUAAGGUCAAGAGUCUGGAUCACACCGUGAUGCUCGUCAGUGUUGAAUCCAGCGCAUGGGCGGUGUUUGGCGAGUCCAGUUCCGAUGCAGAAAUGAACGGGCCCCCUGUUGAAUACGACUCACAGGAACGUGCAUACGCGUCUGGCCUGCGUCGAUGGUACGUUGAAGUCGGCUCAGGUUGGGUCGCAGACCGUAUGCUUCAGGCCUCUAUCGGGCGUGAGAGCUUGGAGCGCGAUGUGUCACCCAGCAGCCGCGCUCGAAGUGAGUCAAGCAGCCCGGACUCCAAGCGAGGCUCCCAGCGCAGGCGCAGAGGCAAGGGAAAGGUCGCCAUUCAUGAGUUGAGGGAUGGCACUCGCUACACCGAUGCCGGCUCUCCAAACAGUCGAAAUAGCACUGUGCAUGAGUUGCGAGAUGGCACUUUGUAUGCCACUCUUUGA